AGGAGGGAGUGUCAGGAUGGGAGGAGGCAAAGAGAAGGGAGAGUGAGAGAGACUGCUGGGUGUGUCAGACUGAGGGAGAGAGAGGAAGAGACGGGCUCCCAGCAGCAACAGGAGGACCUGCCACUCUCUCUGCUGGGCCAUGGGGGAUGUAAUAUCCAGUCACCUGGAUGAGAGCCGGCGCAACUACAUUACAGAGCGUACAGGAAAACUUCUCACAGAGUUUGGAAGGCUGUAUGAAGAGCAGUAUGGGGUUGCACUCUUCAAUAGCGUCCGCUAUGAAAUUGAGGGCAAUGGUGGACCUCAGACACAGCUACUCCAUCGAAAAGCUCCUCUCAAAGACCGGGUGAUAUUUUCGGGGAACAUUUAUCAGUAUUUAGAAGACACCAAGAAAUGGAGAAGCCGAUACUGUCUGGUUCCCCACCACUAUGGACCAGUACUUUAUGAAAACAAGACAACGUAUGAGCGUGGCCUGCAGCCCAGGGCUGGAAUCAACUGUGCAGGCUGCAAAGUUCUCACCUCCUUGGAACAGUAUGGAGACUUGAUGAAUGCCAGCGUACCAGGUGGAAAGGUAAAGGUUGGAGGUGCACAGAUUAAAUGUGCCACACCAUUCCCAGUCAUCUUGUGGCACCCAUAUAGCCGUCACCAUUUCUUCUGUGUAACGAACGAGAAGGAGCAGGAGAGGUGGAGCGCAGUCUUCCAGGACUGUGUGCGGCACUCCAACGACGGCAUUCCUGAAGAGCCACGCUUGGAAUCGGCUGCCUUCACGGACUCAGUGCGGCUCUAUAGACAAACCCGGGACCAGUAUGGGACAUGGGAUAUGAUGUGUGGGAAUCAGGUGCAGGUGCUGAGUAACUUGGUGAUGGAGGAUCUGGUCCCUGAUUUGAAAAACAUCAUCUGCCCCAAACUGAGGGGAAAACCCCAGGAGAGGCAGAGGAUGUGGAUGCUGAUUUCAGACACUGUUUACCGCAUGGUGUAUGAGCAGACGCGCCAAUUCUACGAAGGGUUGGAGAAGCGAUGCUCGGAGAAGGGAGCCGCCAUGGAGAGUCAGAUUCGCACUGACAUGGACCAGAUUAUCUCAUGCAAGGAGCAUGUGUUCAGCAAGAUUCGAGCGGUGGUACUGCCCAAGGCUGAGCUGUGUGUGAGGAACCACAUUCAGGCUCACAUCCCGUCCAUUCUGGAUGCUCUGAUGGUUCCAACAAGCCAGGGCUUUGCAGAGGUGCGCGAUCUCCUCUUCAGAGAGACGACAGAGAUGAACAUGAAUCUAGUGAACGAAGGAGGGCGAGAAAAACUGGGAGAGCAAAUGGAGAAGCUGUCGCAGCUGGCCUACCAUCCAGUGAAAAUGCAGCAGUGCUAUGAGAAAAUGGAUCAGCUGAAUCUGGAAGGCCUUCAGCAGAGGUUUGAUGUGGGAAGCCCAUCUGUGUUCAAGCAGAGAGCACAAAUACUCAUGAGGGAGCAAAUGGACAAUGCUGUGUACACAUUUGAGCAGCUGGUGCACCAAGAGCUGAGCAAGUCAGAAAGCGGAGCAAACCUGUGCCGAGACAUUCAGCGUAUACUGGAACGCGUUCUCAAGAAAUAUGACUACGACAGUAGCAGCGUGCGGAAAAAGUUCUUUCAAGAGGCUUUGCUACAGAUAAUCAUCCCUUUCCUACUGAAGAAGCUGGCACCCACCUGUAAAGCGGAGUUCCCACGUUUCCAGGAGCUCAUAUUCGAGGACCUUUCACGCUACGUGCUUGUGGAGAACACCUACGAAGAGGUUGUGCUGCAGAGCGUAAUGAGAGACAUUGUGCAAGCUGUUAAAGAUGCUGCCACUCAGCGCAAACACAACUUGUACCGGGACAGCAUAGUCAUGCACAACAGUGACCCCAACCUACACCUGUUGGGGGAAGGAGCACCUAUUGAUUGGAGUCAAGAGUACACCGACCACAGUGAAUCUGCCAACACCAAUCGACAUGGUAGACUGCGCCAGGUGGUAUCUAUGCUCCAUGAAGAUGAAGGACCUGACAUACCAGGUUCUUGCCAGGAAGUGCCAGCACAAGAACGUAUUGCAGAAAUUCCAGAGGACAUUGAAGUGACAGCUUCUUGCCAGAAAGAACGUAUUCCCAAAGUGCCAGAGGACAGUGAUGUGGCACAGAUUCGGGGCAUGCUGGUUAAGGAGUUUGAUGUAGAGGUUUCACCUGCAGCCGCAUCUACAGUACCAGUCUCAGAGGUUCCCAGAGUUGCUGCUAUAGAGGUAAAGGAGACCACUGGGGACAAAGCCCAAGCAGACCCACCUAAUGCAAGCGAGAGGAGUGACUCGGAGAAUGAGGAGGUGGAAAAGGCCAGGUUAUUACUUGCUUCUGAGCUAGCUAGGCAGUUGGCAGAAGAGGAACAGCAUCAUGUACACAUAAUUCAAGAUCAUGUGACUCAUGCCGCCGUAGAAAUGCUUCAUAGUGAAAAAGAUGGGCUCCACAGAUCUGACCAAGGGAAUGCAGCAGAACCGGUAAAAUUGGGAAAUGGGGAAAUUUUACAUAGCGACAGUGAGAUGGACCCAGAAAGCGAACAAGUUGGGGUGCCGAAAUAUUCAUCACACAGAGAGGAUGACCACAUGUCCCUGGAAAUACCCAGGUUAAGCACGACCGUGCCCUGCCAGAAGCCAAGGGAAGUAUCAGCUGCCCUGGAAGAUGAGAUUCAGUCAGGACCAGUACCGCACUCCCCUACCCAUGUGGUACAUUCCACCCCUGAUGAUAGUGGGUUUCAGUCUCCAAUAAGUGAGGGAGAAGAGGAGGGUGAUGGCUACAGGGAAAUCCCAGUCCCUGCUCCUCGUAAGAGAGGUGAAAUCGUUACCCAGUUCUGAGCGCCUAACAUGUCGGCCCGGGGCACCGGUGUUAAAAUGAACUCCUAUGGAGGGCAAUGCCAGACUCAGAGCAGGCUCUUCUUAUUUAAAUGUUUUGUGGCUCUGUUACAUUCUGCCUGCUGGUCUGAAGUCUCAUUCAUUGCAUCACAAUAGAGCCUUGCCUCACACACUGCUUGUCUACAUAGCCCUGUCCAGCGAGGCGCCAUGCUCUUGCACAACCCCAGGAAUACUGUCUCUGCAAUGCUACCUGCCCUCUUUCCCCCAAUUCUUUGGCUUUUGCCAUUUUAUCUCCUAUUCCAUUUCAUCAGCUGCAUUAGCACCCACUCAUUAACAACAGUUCUGUAUAUACCCCCCCCAUGCUUUAUCCUAACACAGUGCCACCCUUACAAAUACACACUGGUAUUCCAUUACUGCCAACCAGCACUACCACAUCCAACAGCAGUACCUGGUAUAGGGCACAUAUCCUAUGAACACUAAUCCAAAGAUGCACCAGUACAUUCCUUCCUUGCAUAUUACACAGCGGUCUUAAAUCUUGUGACUGGUAGUGCAGGUGUUUGAAUGUGGCACAGACUGGGCCUAUGCACCUGUGUGUUAGCGCGUGGCAGACUGGGCCUAUCCACCUGUGUGUUUGAGCUUGGCACAGACUGGGCCUAUCCACCUGUGUGUUUGCGCGUGGCACAGACUGGGCCUAUCCUUCUGUGUAACUGGCAGAUUGAAGGAGGCUGUUUGUGAAUGUGUGUGUGGCACCACCAGUUCUGUGUGCGCGUGUGGAUGUGUAUCAGUACUGACACAGCAGACACAAUCUUCUUAAAACACAGUAAUGAGGUCACUUGCCCCCCUGUUACCCUGAUCAAAUAGUGCAGGGUAAGUGGAGGCCCUUAAGAUGUUGUUAAACUAAAAUUCCAGAUAUCUUUCAGCUGUUCAGCACCACUUACUGGGCCUUCACUUGCCUCUGCAUGAAAGAGUGCCUUUUAAUAUCCUAUACCUGCUUCCCCCUCCCCCCAACUCAAAAUAUAUUUUAUUAAAACAAAUGUUUAAAAUAAAAAUGCUUCUAAUUAUAAUAAUAAAUAAAAAAAACAAGUUUAUUAUAAGAAACAUGGAGAAGUGUGAAACAUUUCCUGUGGGUCAUUGGGGAUUGAAAAAGCUUGACAAUACAGAACAGUAGAGAGCCAGAGUGACCAAUACAUAAAAGUCUGUGUUUAAAGGGCAAGUAAAGACUUGUACAUAUGCACUUGUUCGAUUAGGAUCAGAACAUAAGGCUGUGGUGCUGUUUUGCCUAGCAAAAGCCGCCUUAUCUUUUUUUAGUAACUGCUACAUAUAUUCUUGGGUCCUAGUGUUUUUAAAUAAGGAACAGUCAAAUGUAUUCAUGGGCGGGAGAGCAUACAAUUCCUUUGUAGAGGUCCACAUCUGACCUGCAGAACUCCAGUUCUCUAGAGCUUUCAUCUCUUAUGGCAGAGCCCUUGUAUAAAUGUGUGGGUGAAAUCUGUUAAGUAGUAUUGCGACUGCAAGCAGCUUAUCUCCUGUUUUGCUACAGCUGUUUUUUCAAUAGGCAGCAAUAGCACAGCACCAUCAGUUCUGGCUACACAAGUGAAUCAUAUUAGUAACUUUUAAAACCCAGCCCCCAGUUUUGUUACCCCCCUAGUCUAUUAUAGUCUGUGGGUGCUGGAUGGGUGCAUUGCCUUCACACCAUGCUCGGGGGUGCUGCAAGGCUCUGAUGGGCUAACAUACAUGAGCCUUGUAUUGCCUCCAUGAGGAUGAGCUGCACACAUAACUCAAGAGGGUUAUAACCCAGUGCCCAGAGAUAAUAUUUGGGCUGGGGGAAGGGGGGGAAAAAUCAGAUUUAAACACACA